AUGUUAGAGACCCGAUCGGCGAUUUACAAGAUGAUGAACAGCGACGUUAGCAGUGACCGCACGAUACGCAAGUGGCCGGUACCAUACGCAGGGGACAAAACACCGUAUCAGGAGCGCGACUUCAGCGGAGCAGUGCGCCGGGUUUGCGCCGCCCAGCCGCUUCUUCCCCGCAUUUCGAAAGUCAUCGUGCUGGGGGACGUCGCGGUCGGUAAGACCAGCUUGGUCAAUCGAUUCUGUCACAAGUCGUUCGACAACAAUUACAAGGCAACGAUCGGCGUCGACUUCGAAGUCGAGAGAUUCGACAUACUCGGCGUUCCUUUCAACUUGCAAAUCUGGGACACGGCGGGCCAGGAGAGGUUUAAAUGCAUCGCUGCGUCGUACUACAGGGGAGCUAAUGUAAUCAUGAUAGUCUUCGAUUUGGGAAGCCUCAUGUCGCUGCAUCAUUGCAAUCAGUGGCUGAACGAGGCGAAUCACAGCAACACCGGACCUUAUCACAUCUUCCUCGUCGGGACUAAGCGCGACUUACUGUCGAACCAGGUGUACGAGAUAGUGGAGGCCAAGGCGUUGGAGAUAUCGCGGCGCAUGAGGGCCGAGCUAUGGGCCGUGUCGGCGAGGAGCGGCGACGGCGUGGCCGAGCUGUUCGCCAGAGUUGCAGCGCUGGCCUUCAACGCGAGCGUCCUCCGCGAGGUGCAUAGCGCCCGCCUCGAGCCCAUAGUCCUCGGUACCGAUCUCAUCAUUGAUAAGUAA